AUGCCGUCAGAUCUCUUGUGUUGUGAGGUUGUGUCAGGUAACCUUCGGGGAAGGUUAUGCUGGCAGAUCUCUUUUGUGUGUAAGAUUGUGAUGGGUAACCUUCGGGGAAGGUUAUGCCGUCAGAUCUUGUUUCAUGGCUAUGCCGCUAAACCUCGAGUGCAUGCUAACAUGGUGGUGCGUAAGGCCCAUAUGUUGAGUAUGACUCCGAUGUGGAAAGAUCACGGACGGCUGAGCCGCCAGAUCUUUCGAGGUUCGUGUGGGUACUCUUCCGAGGCAAGGGAAGCUCUGCCGCAGAACCGAGGGUAUGAGGCAUAG